GCUGAGGUUUGCAUGUUUCCUCGUACGAGUUGGGGUGCUGAGCACCGGGAUCGAUCCCAGACGAUCCCAUCGAAGACACCUGUGGGGUCUUCAUGGCUGCAGCAGCCUCCGCUGCAAGUAACAGUGGAUGAGGUUGCUGCUACUGCUUCCUUUCAUGGGUAUGCUGGCGCUUGUCUAAUCAAUUUACCUAUAUCAGCUGCAGCACGAGAUGCACUCACACGAGAAGGCUGCAACACUAUUGCGGGCCUCAGCAGCAGCAGCAGCAGCAGCAGCAGCAUCCGUUGCAAACUCUGCGGCGCAAAAAACAAACCACCCCAAUCCCCAGCACCAGCAGCAGCAGCAACAGCAACAGCCCUAGCAGCAGCAGCAACAGCAACAGCCCCAGCAGCAGCAGCAGCAGGUGGGGGGUUGCGUUCUGGUGGUUGGCUUUCUUAUUGCAGCAAGUGCGGCGCACCUGUCAGCAAUUUACGUGGCUGGGAAUUACCCUCUGAAACCCCUGGAGCAAUAUCUGUUUUGUUUGCACUGACUACAAGCGGCAGACUUACUUGCAAACCUCUCACUCUCAACGACCCGCUGCUGCAGCUGCGCAUGCAGCGCCGCACUCGGCUGUAUGCGCAGCUCGCCAGACGGCAGCGAAGGCGUCGUCAGCGGGCCCCUGGGAUCGAUCCCGAUCCCGAUCCCGAUCCCGAUUCCGAUUCCUUGGCAAACAAAGACACUGAUGGUGCUGCUGCUGCUGCUGCAGCAGCAGCAGUAGCAGUAGCAGCAGAAGGAUCUCCUGCUGCGGUAGCGGCGCUCUUUUCUUUUCAUGCUGCUCGCCUCCAUCACCCGCAUUUUGUUGCUGCAGGGGCAGAGAAGAAUUCCACUGUGACUGAGACAUCAACGACAGAUGUCUCUUCUGCUUCUUCUUCUUCUUCUUCUUCUUCUUCUUCUUCUUCUUCUGCUGCUGCUGCUGCUGCUGCUGCUGCAGAUGAGGGAGGCGUGGGAGUGCUGCUGCAGCAGCUGCAGAGGAGCCCCAACGAAGUUCGGGUGUUGCCGCAGCGGAUCCCGGCGUUGCUGCUGAACCUGCAGCUGCUGCAGUCCCUGCAGCAGGAGAUGCUCUUCCGUGCUGCAUUGAGGCAUCAGCGGCAGCAGCAGCUGCUGCUGCUGCGCCGCGCUAUGCAUGCAGUACGUCGAGAAGGAGUUGUUGGGGCCCCCCAGGCCUCUGCGGUGUUGCUGCGCGUCUUAAAGGGGGGGCUAGAAUGCAUGCAGCUGCAGCAGCAGCAGCUGCUGCAACAGCAGCAGCAGCAGCAGCAACAAUUGCCUUCUUUUUGUUAUACAGACUCAGGAUCCUUUGCUAUCCAUCGCCCUGCAUAUGCAACUGAAGCCUAUGACCCCGAGCCCCUCGUUCAGAUGCUGCUAUCGAAUGCUGCUGUAGACAGCUGCUUGCAGCAACAAACAAACCCUCUCUCUUCUUCUGCUGCUGGUGCUGCUGCUUAUUCUUCUUGCAUGCAUGCAGAAAGCACAACAGCACUCGAAGGAGAGACAGCGCACACCAGCAAACAACAAAAUGCAUCUUCUGAUGCAUUACCCAGCAGCAGCAGCAACAGCAGCAACGGUAACGGCGAGAACAACAGCAAUAAGAACAGCAGCAACAGCAGCAGCAACAUGAGUGGGGUUAUAGGGUGUGAGGAGGAAGAAGAGAACGAGGAGGAGUUUGCUUCUUGUGUUUCUGCUGUUGGAAGUUUGCUGCGGGGUGUAUCUGAAGGUGCUGAUGCUGCUGCUGCUGCUGCUGCUGAUGGUGAGGGUUUAAGUGUUUAUACAGCAGCAACAGAAAUAUCUGGACUCCCCUUCUGUGGGGCCCGCAGCCGCGCUGUCUUUCGCUUUGCUGUGGAGACAGUAGAGGCAUUGCGUGCUGUAGCAACAGCAGAAGGAAGCUUGCUGUCGCUGCAGCAAGGGGACAGCGUGCUGUUGCAUGAUCUCCUUGUUGCUGUUCAGCUGUGGAGAGAGAGACGCCUCUCUUCCUCUCAGCUGCUGCUGCUGCUGCAGCCUUUCACCCUCAGCAGAGUCUGCACACCCGGCCUCGUAGACAUGAAGCGAACUACUCUGUCCCUUGGCUUUCAGCAGCAAACUUCACCACAAGAAGCUUUUGAGGCUGCUGCUGCUGCUGCUGCUGCACCAGAUGCUGCAGCAACAGCGGAUGCAGACGCAGCAGCAGAUGCAGAUGCAGCAUCAGAUGUUUCUCCAGAUGCAGCAGCAGAUGCAGUAGCAGAUGCUGCUCCAGAUGCAGCAGAAGCAGCAGCAGCAGAUGGUGUAGCAACAGCAAGCUGGAAGGGGGGAAUGUUUAGACGAGAAGAAGCACUUCAGCAGGAGCUGCAGCGCCACGCCUGGCCCGAGCUGCUGCUGCAGCAGCAGCGAGCGCAGGCGGAGAGUGCAUCCUCUGCUGCUGCUGCCGCUGCUUCUCCUGCUGCUGUUGCUGCUGCUGCUGCUGCUGGUCGUGCUGCUGGGGAGCUUGUUUAUUCUCCUUAUCCUCGUGGCCCCGCUCUCAACUUGCCUCUCUCGCUGCAGAACCCUCUACCUGCGCAUGUGCUUGAGGGCCUCAGCAGCAGCAACUGGAAGCGGCUGCUGUGCGGUGUUGCUGUUAACGGAGUUAUUAUUGCAGACCUUCUAAGACACUGGGAAGUCCCCGUGAUGCAGCGCAUGCGAGAGGCACAAGAGACGCAACAGCAGCAGCAGCAGCAGGAGAGACACGGGGACGAAGACACCAGGGAUCGGGAUCGGGAUCGGGAUCGGGUGUGGGGUGGUCAGGGAAGCAGCUCACGCUUGCUUGUCGACGACCUACCUGAAGACCCCCCUGGCCCCGUGGCUGAGGAGCUGCAGCGGCUGCUGCUGCUGCUGCAGCAAACACAAUUGCCGCUGAAUUUCUCUCUCUUCGUUAAUGUGCAGCAGCGGCAGCAGGAACAGCGCCGCAUGCAGGCAGAGAGACAGCAGCUUCUAGACAGCAUUGCAAAAGCAAUGCGCCAGCGAACCUAA